AUGUCGGACCUGCCGCUGCUGGACGACAACCCGUCCACAACGCCUCUCGAUCUCCUCUUAAACGCGAUCUCGGGUACGAGUAACCUUUUCCCCCAGGCUGGCGGUUCCGCGGACGACCCAGACUACCUGGGCGAGAACGGCGGGGAAGGCAACGCGUCUACCACGAACGAUGGCGCCGAGAACGGAGCGGCAUCUGGCAACGACGCCGGUGACGAUUUGAGCAAGAAACGCGUUCGUGAUGACGAGGAUGGGUCCGAGGAAGGCCCCCACCGUCUUUCGAAGAUCACGCGUACUCUCUCUUCCCACUUCGGCAAGAACACACGUGGACGCGCUUUCACCACCGUAGAGGUCUGGCAUCCUAAGACUGGACAGAAGAGUUACGGAAAGGAGAGACGCACACACCCCAAUCCCGACCCUCCCACCGGCAGCAUUACUUUCUCCUCUCAGUCUCAUCGCCUGGCCUUGAAUAAUGCUCCGGCUGAAGAGUCGUCCCUUCCCAAAACGAAGAAGGCGGAGCGCGACGAGAAGCGUCGCCAGAUGCGUCAGGCUGCCUCCAGGACUGGCUGGGGUGGCUCGCUACCGUGGGAACGCAGCCGCAGCGACACCCGCGACCGCUCCGAGCUCACCACCGGAUUGACCUUCCCUGGACUGUGGAUUGGUGAGGAGACGGGGAAGAACAAGGAGUUCCGUCUCGAGCUCAGUGUUGGCACCCCGGGAGUGGAGAACGACCCCGCUGCCGCUGUACCCGCUGAGAACAAGGACGUUGAACCCAUCGAUGAGGCUGCGCUGCGUCGUGUUCUCGCGGCAGGAGUAGAGCCUCUGAUGGGCCUAGAGGCAGAGGACAGCAAGGAUCGCCUCGUCGAGUUGGAACCUUCCAUGGAGCAGACGCUGGACUCGGCCACGGAGACGCAGCAGACGGAGCAGAAUGAGACUCAGACGCAGACGCAACAGCAGACGCAGCCGCCCGAGCCUCCCAAGCCCUGGGCGACGUUCGUCUCCGAGCCUCUCACCAUUGUGUCCAAACCCUCGCAGAAGACAGCCAAGGCUCGCUCAAUGGCCAGCUGUCUGUCAACUGCCGACGCCUUCGCUCUGUACGUUCGCGUCAACGCUCAAACGGUCCGCACCAAGUACAUGAAGAUGGACGAGGUCGAUGGCGCCCCCAUCCUCACGGCCAGGACUGGCAAGUGGUCGCCCUGCCGUUUCCACGUUAUCUCUCGCGCUUCGCCGCCUGAGCCCGAGGACAAGUCAUCUCGUGCUCGCUUCAAGCUUGACAACGACAGGGAGGCCAGUAUCAUCACGUAUGGUUCUAUUGUUCAACUCGUCGACGUCAACAGCGGCAUUCGUUCCGACCCGGUACGUCUGGUGCGUGUCGACAAGAAUGAGGCCAUCGUUGGUGAGGACGAGGGCCACCCAGUCAGUGAGCUCCAGCGUAUCGGCCUCGUCCGCGUCGUCGACGGCGUCGAUGAUGAGACAGGCGGUGCGCGCUGGUAUCUCUCGGCCCCUGGCGCAGUUGCCGGCGCAGGCGAGGUGGGCGUCACCAGGGCUCGGCCUGGCUCGCGCAAUGCUAUCAAAGACGCUGCAGGCAAUCCCGAAUCUGUGCCUGAAACCCUCGGCGGCCUCGAUUCCCUGGAUAACGGUGCGGACAGCACGACCAACACGCCCGUUAGCGAAUCCAAGCGCAAGCGCAAGACGAAGCGCCACUCCCUUGCCCGUGCUGCGAUCAACGAGGAGGAGAGCGGAAACGCGGCCGCGGGGCUUGUGUGGCACCAGGCGAAACGUCGCCAGGGUACCCACAUCGUCACCGAGGGCAAGGUCGCCACCGCUCGGCCCGCCAGCAUUGAGACGGUCGAUGAUUGGAUGAGCUGGACGCUCGGUGGCGUCUGGUGCUUCUCCUACUCGUUCUUCAACGGUUUGGGAGACGCAGAGGCUCUGCCGAAGGCGGCUCUCGACCCCGUUCCUCGUUUGCUCGUUGAUCCAGUGUUCAAGCCCGACCAGAACACCCUGGACCUGACGCUGUCGUACUUCUUCAUCGACAACGACCAGGCCCAGCCUCAACCCCUCAGCCUCUACAUCGGGCCCAUCGGUCCGCUACGCGUGACCACCUGGCGCUCAGUUGCACCCAAGGAGAAAUACUUUGACCCAGGUGCCCUCUAUCCGGCUGUGCCGUAUAACGGGUCAGACGAGGAGCCGCCACUGCCUGAGGGCGAGCGCGUGUACAGCAACUUCCCCUUCAACAUCCCUCACACCAUCGCUAAGGUCGAGCUUCCGGGCAUGGAGGAAAUUGUGCGCGUCAUGAAGGAGUGUGCGAAAGGGGAGGCGGCAACGCCUGAGCCCACAGCAGUGGAGCAGCCCGCUGGCGAGCAGGCGCCGGUCGUCGGAUCCAGCGAACAGCAACAGCCUGAGACAGGGGACCAGACCAACGCUGAUGACGCAUGGCUGGGAGCCAUGGGCCCUGCCGGUGAACUCACCAUUCAGGAGGCUCUCCAGAAUGCUGGCAAGAAUCAUGCACCCGAGCAUAACAUCUCAGAGGUGCUCGGAUCUCACGUGGGAUCUGCGGAGAUUCCCAAGGUCGGAGACGAGGAAUUCAAAUUUGAACAGCUCCCGAAUACCCUUAUCGAUGGAUCUCUCGAGGAAGCGGCCGCGGAGGCAGCUGCCUCUGGAGAAAACGACGUCUUCUCGGCCCCCGGCACCCUCCAGCUCCACAAGCCCGAAGUUGCUCCGAAGAAACUCCUCGCCUCGCUACCCCUGCUCCUUGUGCGCCCGGACGGCGUCGGCUACGGAUUGGGAUGGAGUCUCGAGGCUGAACGUGGAAGCCAAGGUGACGAAACCGAGGGUGCGGGGCAGGGCGGCGCUUCGGCAGUCGGGAGCUCCGGCUCCGGCACGGACAAUCGUGAAAGUUCAUCUCUACCCUCUGGUUCCGGCGGCAACACCAGCGCUGGUAUUGGUUCCGGCGCUCCAUGGGGGCUGCGAGUUGUGCAGACCAGCGCGCGCGGACAGAGCCUGAGGACCUGGUAG